AACACAAUUCUCUGAAGAGACGCGAGACACAGAGAGAGACGGAGCAGAGUGCUUCGAUUCCCAUGGAGGUUGACAAGAAGCAGGUGGUGGUGGUCGGGAUCGAUGACGGCGAGCUUGGCCUCUCAGCUCUCCAGUGGACCAUCGACCAUCUGAUUGUCCCAUUCCUUCCAGAGUCUCCUACCAAACUCGUUGUUGUCCACGCCAAACCCAGCCCCGUGUCUGUCCUUGGUGGGGUCGGCCCCGGAGCUUCUGUCGUUCUGUCCAUAGUUGAGUCGGAUUUGAGGAAAGUGGCCGCCUUAGUGAUAGAGAAGGCCCAGAAAAUUUGCGAAAGCAGAUCUGUUCAUCAAGUGGAGUUUGGAGUGGUUGAAGGGGAUGCAAGGAAUGUCCUCUGUGAGGCUGUGGAGAAGCACCAGGCUGCCAUGUUAGUUGUCGGUAGUCACGGAUAUGGAGCUCUGAAACGGGCAUUUUUAGGGAGCGUGAGUGACUACUGCAUCCACAACGCAAGCUGCAGCGUAGUGAUCGUGAAAAAGACCUGAAACUAAAACUGCUCACCUACCCAAACAAGUUUGUCGAGCCAUGGUUUAUGGAUGCAGCGAGAGUAAGAUGAUCUAAGCAGUUUAUGCAGCAGCUUGUACAAUUAUCAAAGUUUUUGCUCUCUUUUAUUGUAUAUGUAAUGUAAAUUUCGGGCAUGAAAUGUAUGCUAAAUAUAUAAAACUAUGUUGCAUUAAGAAAGAA